GGUGAACUUCUCGGAGUAGAAUAUUUAUACCAGCAAACUGGUAAAGUUCUUCAGGACUACAAAGUGGCUAUUGAAGAAUCAGAGACCACAGAUGUCGAGGUGGAUGAAGGUUUUACUGAAGCUGAGGAGGAGUUUCUUGAUAUGACUUUGGCCACCAUUGAGACAGAGGAAACUGAUGCUGCCUUUCAGUCAUCCACRUCAUCAGCAGCCGCAGCCAGCUCCACACCUGCCACACUUGUGCCACCAUCAGCAGCAGCAGCAGCAGCCAGUUACCCACCUGCUCCUGUCCAGUUUGUUGCCCCUCCAACUUGGAUGUGGUCACCAGCAGCAGCCGCAUCCAGCUCCACACCUUCUACUGUCCAGUUUGUUACUCCUCCAACCUGGCUGAGGCCACCACCACUACCAGCAGCAGCAGCACCCAGCUCCACAGCUGUUUCAUCUGUUACUUCAGAUACAAGUUGCUUAGUCCAGUUUUUAGCGGACACAAGGACUGAACCACCUGAGGAGUCCUCAAUACMUGAUGUAAGACAUUUUUACUCAUGAUAAACAGUGUGUAGGACUGCUGUGUCAACAGGACUUAAUGCUUUUUCUUUUUUAGAGRUCAGUUGGUCCUGAUA